ACAAAAUAUUCGAGCUAACUUUAUUAUUAUUUUUUUUUCUUCUUUCAUCGCACGCAUAUAUACUUUAGAUUUUAUUUUGUUAUAGUGAAAUGGUGUGGGGAAAGAUUUGGAAAUCGGGAGUGACAAAAAGUAGCGUGCAAAGAGUAGAUAUUUUGUCCCACCAAAGUCGAGUGGCGAGUGAAAGCGCAGGGGAGGGAUCCGAGCAUGGAGUUUGGGAGUAUUCGGUGGAAGUUUCGGGGCAACAAGUUAAGGUGAAGAAUUUGAAUUUGAAUAUGAAUUUGAGCAUAGAGGGCGAAAGAGGAGAAGACUUCGAAGAAGAAGAGAUGGAAGUUCAAGUUGGUUCGGGAAACAACAGUUCAUUUUUUCAUGCUGUCAUCAACAUGAGCGGAAUGCUCAUUGGUUUAGGACAACUAUCGACUCCGUAUGCCUUGGAGACCGGGGGCUCAGUAUCUGUGCUCAUUCUCUUUGGUCUCGCCUUUGCGUGUGCAUACAGCUCCCAUUUGCUCGGAAAAUGCCUCCAAAAGAAUCCCAAAUCCCGCGACUACAAAGACAUAGGGUACCAUGCCUUUGGGUGGAAAGGGCGAGUCGUAGCCACAACCUUCAUCUACAUGGAGAUUUUCAUGGCGCUCGUUUCUUACACCAUAUCCCUCCAUGACAAUUUGGCGACAGUGUUCAUGGGAGUCGAGUUGAGUUGGGCUAGUCUAUCGACAUCCGAGAUCUUGGCCAUCAUAGCCGUCUUGGUAGCUCUACCGAGCUUGUGGUUGAGGAACCUCUCCUCCAUAUCAUUCCUCUCCACCGUCGGAAUUCUCAUGUCGCUUGUUAUUUUUGUCACGGUCUCAUGCACCGCCUUUUUUGGAGGUGUCAAGGCCAACCACCACAUCCCCGUCUUGCAAUUGCAUAAAAUUCCCUCCGUUUUUGGGCUCUACGUAUUUAGCUACGCCGGGCAUAUCGUCUUCCCCAACAUCUACACCUCCAUGAAAGAUCCUUCAAAAUUCACCAAGGUGACAAUAGUAAGUUUCUCGACGGUGACAUGCCUCUACACGGCCCUAGCAUUCACGGGCGCAGCGCUCUUCGGCGCGCAAGUCAAUCCUCAAAUCACGUUAUCCAUGCCCCGGAACCUCGUGGUGACCAAGAUCGCCCUUUGGGCCACGGUGCUGACGCCCAUGACCAAAUACGCUCUCGAGUUCACUCCAUUCGCCAUCCAACUCGAACAAAACCUCCCCGACUCUCUUGGGCCGCGGACCAAGAUGAUCAUCCGCGGCUCCAUAGGGUCGAUUUUGCUGCUUGUGAUCCUUGUAUUGGCCCUCUCCGUGCCCUACUUCCAGCACGUCCUUAGCCUCACCGGCUCCCUCGUCAGCAUCGCAAUUUGCAUUGUGUUGCCCUGUGUAUUCUACACAAAGAUCUUUUGGCCGCGUAUCGGUCGUCCUCUAUUCUUGCUCAACGUCGUGCUCGUCUCGUGUGGCAUCAUAAUGGGAGCAUUCGGAACCUUCUCGUCCUCCAAGUCAUUGAUGGCCAGCUUCACGAGAGAACACACAUCUUAGAC